AUCUGCUCCACCGUGUCCUAGGGUGCAGGGCCCCAGUGGAAAUGAGGGUCUGGGUGACCCAUGGAUUGAUGAGGCUGCUUACCUGACCCCCUGUGGCUUCUGAUUUGGAACUGGAGCUCAAGGGGAAAUGAACAGAGAAGGAGCCCAGCCUGCCGACUUCUCAGUGCUGGUCUCACCUUUCUUUCUCUGAAGAGACCAGUGAAGCCACCUGUCCCCUCCUGCCCAUUGAAGGCCCACAGUGUGUCUGUGCUGGGGCCUUACAUCUGACAGAUCCUGCUGGCCCAUGUGUGCAGAGGACUGGGCUGAGCAGAAGCUCACUCCCAGGGACGAUGGCAGCCCUUCAUACCAUUCUGGAUUCACCAGCCACUCAGCUCGAGAGGGUGGAGGACGGGUCUGAAUGUGAUCCUGACCAGGAGGAGGAGGAGGAGAAGGGGAGAGACAUGGAGGAGGUGGAAGAGGAGGAGGUGGAAGAGGAGGAGGAGGAAGAGGAGAUAGUCAUAGAAGAGGAGGAGGCAGAGGAAGUGGCGGAGGUCAUCGAGGAGGCUGAGGUGCAGGAGGUGGCAGAGGUGGAGGUGGAGGCAGAGUUUGAGGAGGACAAUGAUGAUGAUGACGAGGAUGACGAGGACAAUGAUGAUGAUGACGACGACGAUGUAGAGGAUGUGCUGGCAGAGGAGCAGAGUUCAGGGUUGGGGACCCAGGAACAACUUAGCCAUGUUGAUGAUGCCAAGUCCCCAGUUUGGGGAAAGGUCCCACAGAUGUGCCGCACUCCAUCCGCUGCUCAGGAAGAGGAUCUGGAGGAAGAAGAAGAGGAGGAUGAAGAUGAUGAUGAUGAUUUCCUGACAGCUGGGUCUCAGGGGCUGGUGACCUUUGAAGAUGUGGCUGUGUACUUCUCCCUGGAAGAAUGGGAGAGGCUAGAUGCAGACCAGCGGGGCCUCUACCAGGAUGUGAUGCAGGAGAACUAUGGGAUCCUGGUGUCCUUGGGAUACCCAGUCCCCAAGCCAGAUUUGAUCUUCCGCCUGGAAAAUGGGGAAGAGCCUUGGGUCCCAGAUAGCCCCCAUCCUGAGGAUGGAGACAUUGUCACUGGGGUCUACACAGGAGCCUGGUACUGGACCGAUGAUAUGGAGGACCACGAGGAGGAAGAUGAGGAGGACUUCCUGGCAGAGAUGGCCGAGGAGGAGAACGAACCCCCGGGGUUGUGGUCUGCGGCCUAUGGUGUGGGGGACGUGCCAGGGACGUGGGGCCCCGACGACUCCGAUUCUGCGCAGACUCCAGAGGGCUGGGGAUCUGACUCUGGCAACCUCGGGGUCCUGGCUGAGGAGUCCGAGGCAAAGUCCUUUCUGCCUGACCAGGAGCCAGGCACAAACCUGGUGGCGCCGUGGGCCUACCCCACUCCGGUAGAUGCACCGACUGGGCGACCUGAGACCACGUGCGAUGUGUGUGGCAAAGUGUUCCCGCACCGGUCGAGGCUGGCCAAGCACCAGCGCUACCACGCGGCUGUCAAGCCCUUCGGCUGCGAAGAGUGCGGCAAGGGUUUCGUGUACCGCUCGCACCUGGCCAUCCACCAGCGCACGCACACGGGCGAGAAACCCUUCCCGUGCCCGGACUGCGGCAAGCGCUUCGUUUACAAGUCACACCUGGUCACGCACCGGCGCAUCCACACGGGUGAGCGGCCCUACCGUUGCGCCUUCUGCGGUGCCGGCUUCGGGCGCCGCUCCUACCUGGUCACGCACCAGCGCACGCACACAGGCGAGCGGCCCUACCCGUGUGCGCACUGCGGCCGCAGCUUCAGCCAGAGCUCUGCUCUCGCGCGGCACCAGGCCGUGCACACGGCCGACCGGCCGCACUGCUGCCCGGACUGCGGCCAGGCCUUCCGCCUGCGCGCCGAUUUCCAGCGCCACCGGCGCAGCGGGAGCUGCGCGGACCCCGGCGGCGACGGCCCGCGGCGGGAGUCUUGCGAAGCAGCGCUUGUAGCGGGGCCGGAGGAGCCGGAGACCGCACCCGAGGGACCUGAAGAGCCGGAGGCUGGCGAGACGGACGGAGACCCCGAGGCCGAGGUGAGGGAGGAGGCAGCGGCUGCAGAGGUGCCCGCCCCCGAGAGCAAGAAGGACCCUGAACUGAGCAGACGGUUCCUGGAGAUGGGCAACGGCUUGGACGAGGGCGAAGGCCCCUCUUCGCACACUCUCGGCUUCCACUUUCCUGUGCACCCCAAGUCCUGGCUGCACCCGGACGGCUUCCAGAUCUUGGGCCUUCCUGACUUCGGGGAGCGUCUGCCGGCCGACGGGCGCGCCCUGCCCGGACCGCUGGGGGCCCCGCUCGCGCUGGCAGAGGGCGCGGGACUGGCUCGCGACACCGGCGAGCGGCCUUACGCGUGCGGUGAGUGUGGCCGCCGCUUUGGGCAGAGCGCGGCGCUGACGCGGCACCAGUGGGCGCACGCCGAAGAGAAGCCGCACCGCUGCCCCGACUGCGGCAAGGGCUUCGGCCACAGCUCGGACUUCAAGAGGCACCGGCGCACGCACACGGGCGAGAAGCCUUUCCGCUGCGCCGACUGCGGCCGUGGCUUCGCGCAGCGGUCCAACCUGGCCAAGCAUCGGCGCGGCCACACGGGCGAACGGCCCUUCCCGUGCCCCGAGUGCGGCAAGCGUUUUUCGCAGCGCUCGGUGCUCGUGACGCACCAGCGCACGCACACCGGCGAGCGGCCCUACGCGUGCGUGCAUUGCGGCCGCCGCUUCUCGCAGAGCUCGCACCUGCUUACGCACAUGAAGACGCACCGCGGCGCGGCUGGCGCGCCUGGGCAGGCAGGGCCAGCGACCCCCGCGCCGAAGGCCGACUCGCCCGCCAGGGGGCAGCAGAGUGCAGGUUCCGUGCCCGGGGAGCUCGGGAGCGCCCUGCUGGAGUUCGCGGGCGGGACGAGCUUCGGCUCCGAGGCCGCGUUUGCAGGGCCUUCGGCUGCCUAUGAGGAGAGCUAGGCCACCGGCCCCGUGCCUUGCUCCUUCGGUCGCCGGGCGUUGAGGAUCCCCGUCCUGGGCGCAGUGCCUUCCCCGAUGCACUGCCCCUACCCCUCCCCAGGCCUCGGGAACCCCUCCUGCAGGGCCCCAGCCCUCUGCGUUGUAGAAAGCGCUUGGGAGAGCGGCACAUCGCGCGGGAGCAGCCAGGGCAGGGCUGACCCACCUAGACUGUGACAUCCCCGGGUCCAGCCUGCGAAGCAGUUGGAAUGAUGGAUGAGGCUAUUUAUUUUAUUCAGAUUUCAAUUUGGGUGGUCCAGAUAACAAGCGACUUAUGCAGCAGGGUUCGACAGCGAGGGGAGGGUGAGGUGGUCGAGAGUCGAGCAACCGGCUGCUCGGGUGGGUCGGCGCUGAUGUCUGGGUCACCUGUGGGUCUGGCCCAUGAGUUCUUCCCCGUCCGUCAGUGAGAGAUUCAGGGAUACGCGGGGCAUUGGAGUGUGUCGGGGAAGUUGUGAGAACUGCUCUUUGCAAUGGGGAGGUGUACAGGUUUCCAAAGGCGCGGGGUUCCUUCCUAUCCCAGGAGAUGGAGAUGGGAACGGGAAAGCUUUUAUUCUGACUGUCGACUGUGGAUAUUUAUUUCCAUCUCUUGUAAGGCCUGACGAAUGUGGGGAGAGGAGGAGGAGAAAAAGCCAGAAACCAAAUCUGUGGCCUGGGUGAAUGGGCUGCAGGUAUUAGCAGGGUCCCCAGGGAGUUUGAACCCUUAUUCUCUGGCCUCACAUUCUCGCUGCGCCCCCCUCUCUCAGCACUAAGAUGGGGCAGGUCUAGUUAGCAGGGUCGCUCUUUGCCCCCAGCUUCCUCUUUAAGUCCUUUGCCUCCCCAUCUCUGGCAGCUGGUGGUGGCAAGUAAUCCGGGGGUGCCCUAUGCACACUCCUACAGGCCUGGUCCCCUGGGCGGCCACCUCUCCGGGAGCGAGUGGUCACAUGGAGCCCUGCCCUCCGGAGUCCACUGCUCAGGUAGCAUAAAGCACUGAGGUUGGUCUGCAGAAUUUCCCCCACAUCCCAUGAUGAGGGCUCGAGAACCUCCACAGGUCCCUUUAACUCUGCUUCUGCCAUUAUUCUACACAUUGUUAAACAGCAAGUAGUGUUUCUGUCUAGAUUCCCAGUCACAUGGGUCAGUGUUGGCACUGAGGACCUGGCAGUUCCAACGAUGGCUGGAGAGGCGGGGAUCUGAGCUCGUAACACCCAACUAUGUGAGAUCCCUGUGGGGGGACAUCCCACCUCCAGACAGGGCUAUUGGGAGCCACUAGCCAGCAGCUAUGGCAGUGGUGGCGAACCUAUGGCAGACUUGCUACAGCAGGCUGUUUGUAUCAUUGAAAGCUCUAAAAGGUUUACCAUCACUGAGCUAGGGCAUGGCUCAGGUGAAGCCUCCCUUCUUGCUUUUGGGGCAGGGCUGGAGUACUGAGAUUUUGAAGCACCUGCAUUUCCUCUUAGACCUAGUUUUUCCAUGUUAGUGUAGACAUGGCCUUGGGGGCUGAGGGCCAGCAGCCAGGCUGCUAGGGGCUGGGCGGGGUAGGAGGCGAGGUAGUGGUGGGUGGGAGGACUAGCCAUGCGGUGAGAACUGGCCUGGCCAUGUGAGGCUGCAGGCUGGGCUGGUGAGGAAGAUGGGGGACCCAGGGAGGCAUCAGGAGCACUGGGCCAUGGCCUCUCUGUCUCAGGUGUCUCCCCUUCUCAUGUUUUCUGGGUCACAAGCCUCCAAAAGGGCGAAAGGCUGGGGCAGCUGGGUGGCUUGGGGUAUCUCAGGCAUUGCCCUACAUGGUCCAUCCCUGGCAGCAUUCAUUCCUGACCCUCCUGGGCCCCAGCUGCUUCUGCCCUGUCCUGGAUCCGUCAGCAGGAGGACCUAGCUUUAAUAAAGAGUGGAAAAAAAUGAA